AUGCAGAAGCACAGCCGAAGAUUACAGUACAUAGCUACAGUUACAGGGUCGCUGAUAUACACUGCAUAUGGCUCGUUCGCGGCUUGGUCGGCUACGACGCUCCCCAUUCUGCAGUCAGAGGACUCUCCGGCCCCGAUCACCGCAGACCAGGCCUCGUGGCUGGCUUCCAUCAACUCGCUGACGGGGCUGGUAGCGACGUUCACCGCUGGCUACGCUGUGGACAUCAUCGGCAGGAAGAAGCUGAUUCUCUCCGCCGCUGCGCCAUUCCUCGUCUGGUGGCCAAUGGUCGCUUUCUCAAACUCUUAUGAAAUGCUGAUGGUUGCCAUGACGAUAGGAAGCUUAUCUGGCGGCCUCAUGGGCAGUCCUUCCACUAUGUUUCUGUGCGAAAUCGCUGACACCGAAUUACGAGGCACGCUCAUGAUGAUCCACACCGUGUUGAUGAACUGCGGCAGCCUUUUCAUGUACUGCGCAGCGCCCUACUUGUCCGUUUCGACUGUUUCCUUCAUGUGCACUGCCGUCCCCAUUAUCUUCAUUGUCACAUUCGUGUGGAUGCCCGAGUCACCGUACUUCUUCCUUCUGCGUAACAGAGAAUCUGAAGCUGUGAAGAGUCUCGUAAGGUACAGGGGCGAGUUGACACCAGAGGAACUGCGCUCGGAGCUUGACUCAAUGUACAGAGCAAUCCGACAGAAGCAAGAGACCAAAGGGAGGCUGAAAGACCUUUUCUUGGUACCAGUGCACCGCAGGACUCUGCUGAUAAUGUCCGGGUUCGUCUUGCUCCACUCGUCCACUGGUGCAAUAGCGUUUGGUACCUACACGACGUACAUAUUCGAGAAGAGUGGAAGCGGUUUCGACGCGGAUGUGUCUUCCAUCAUCGUAGCGGCCGUUUCGCUUGUAUCGAGUAUUUCGGCGUCCUUCAUUGUUGAAAGAGUUGGCCGGCGGCCGCUCGGGAUUCUGGGCCUUACCGGGUGCGGUGUCUGCCUGACCGCCAUGGGCGCCUACUUCUACGUGGACGAGACCCAGGGUGAGGUGCCCUCUGCCUUCGACUGGGUGCCGCUCACAGCCGUCAUCGGAUUCAACGUAUCGUUCAGUGUCGCCUCGGCCCCGGCUUUCAUCAUGUUUAUCGGUGAGAUAUUCCACGUGUCCGUGAAGUCCGUCGCCAUAAUGAUCUGCAACACGGUGCUGGCGGUCUACAGCUUCGCUCUGAAGAAGCUGUUCCAGGUGGUGUCGGACAGCGUGGGCGCACACUACUCGUUCUGGGCGUUCGCCGCCAUGUGCGCGCUCACCGCCCUCUACCUGUUCCUGCUGUUGCCCGAGACCAAGGGCAGGACCUUCGCAGAGAUUAGUGACGACUUGGCAGCCCGCCUCGGCGGGGAUCCUCCCUCCAGCCACAACCAGGAAGCUACAAAGGCGGCAUCAGAGCUGCCAUUGCCAACUUCUCUUGUUACCAAACCGUGCAAAACUGAAGCCAGUGCAGUGUGAUAGACUCGAUUAGCGAUCGAUAUAUGCAAAAACUGAUACUGUUAACGAUAUUUAGGCACAACAGCGGAUCUAACCUCCGUUAACAGCACGUGUAAAAAUGUCGCACAAUUUGACGUCGGUGAGAAAUUUCUCUAGAGACAGUAAAAAAUAUUACAUUAGUUUGUCCUGUUAGUAUUUCCUUAAUAGUUUCAGUUCUGUAACUUAAACAGUUGCAGCUUCUUGUCUAGGUAGAUUGUGUAUCUUGCAGGAACAAAGUACGCUAAUCUCCAGGAAGGAUCAAGCGUCAAAUAACACAGUAGAAACGAUUAGUGAAUGUGAAUGGAUUUGGCGUCUGUUUCCUUAAAUGAUACAUCUUACAAAUCAGCUGAAUACAGUUUAUUUCAAGAGGAUGAAAAAGGAAUCUCGUUGCAGGAAAAUCUGUACUGUAAAAGUUGGUAAAAUAUUAUAAAUGAGGAUGUUUUUCUUAGUUCAAUCAAUUUUACAAAAUAAAAGGUAUAGUAAGGAA